GAGCCAGUCCGCGGCGGGCCGACCGGCUCUGUCACCCUCGCCUCCCUUCCCCUCCCCCGCCGCGUCUCUGCGCCGAGUGUGGCGACUCCUGCCACCCAACUGCCCCGAGCGGCGGCGCCCCGGGAGGGGCCGCCCUCGCCUCAGCUCUGCACGCGCGCCGGGCGCCGCCGCGCAGCCCCCGCCUCCUCCGGCUCACCCGGAAUCCGGGGUCAAACCCCAGGGCGGCCGGGCCACGCGGGGCGCCCUCGCCCGCACCCCCACCCCAGGCGUCCCUGAGGUGCCCGCGGUGAGGGGACGCGCGGGGCGGGAAGGGUCCUCGGGACGCGGAGGAGGCCGCCCGAGGGCGCAGCCGGCCACGCCGCGGGACCGGGCGGGGGCGGAGCGGAGCCUCCCGCCGCCUCCUCCCCGUCGCCCUCCUCCUCCUCCUCCUCCUUCUCCUCCUGCGCUCCAGCCACCGCCUUCGCCGGGCCGAGGAGCGGGGAGUCCGCGGCGCUGGCUCGGGGCUGCGGGAUGGGGAGUUAGCGCCACGGCGGCGGCAGUGGCCGCGGAGCAGCCGGCCGCCGCCCCCGGGCCCGUCCCGCCUGGGGCGCCGGGCGCGGCCAGCCCGCCCCGGAGCCGGGCCAGCGGGCGGCGGCGGCGGCGGAGCUGGGCAGGUGGAUGCGGCUGGAAGAUGGCGCCCUCGGGCCCGGGCAGCGCCAGGCGGCGGUGCCGGCGGGUGUUGUACUGGAUCCCGGUGGUGUUCAUCAGCCUCCUGCUCGGCUGGUCCUACUACGCCUACGCCAUCCAGCUGUGCAUAGUGUCCAUGGAAAACAUUGGCGAACAAGUUGUAUGCCUGCUGGCCUAUCACCUACUUUUUGCAAUGUUUGUCUGGUCGUACUGGAAAACUAUCUUUACGUUACCAAUGAAUCCUUCAAAAGAAUUCCAUCUCUCUUAUGCAGAGAAGGAGUUGUUGGAGAGAGAGCCAAGAGGAGAAGCCCAUCAGGAAAUUCUUAGGCGGGCAGCCAAAGACCUUCCCAUCUACACCAGGACCAUGUCUGGGGCAAUCCGAUACUGUGACAGAUGCCAACUUAUUAAACCCGAUCGCUGCCAUCACUGUUCCGUCUGUGAUAAAUGUAUUUUAAAGAUGGAUCAUCAUUGCCCAUGGGUGAACAACUGUGUUGGAUUUUCAAAUUAUAAAUUCUUUCUCCUUUUCUUGGCUUAUUCUCUGCUCUACUGCCUUUUUAUUGCGGCUACAGAUUUACAGUAUUUUAUCAAAUUUUGGACAAAUGGCCUACCUGAUACUCAAGCCAAGUUCCAUAUUAUGUUUUUAUUCUUUGCUGCAGCUAUGUUCUCUGUCAGCUUGUUUUCUCUGUUUGGCUAUCAUUGUUGGCUUGUCAGCAAAAAUAAGUCUACAUUAGAGGCAUUUAGAAGUCCAGUGUUUCGACAUGGAACAGAUAAGAAUGGAUUCAGCUUGGGUUUCAGUAAAAACAUGCGACAAGUUUUUGGUGAUGAGAAGAAGUACUGGUUGCUACCCAUUUUUUCGAGUCUAGGUGAUGGCUGCUCCUUUCCAACUUGCCUUGUUAAUCAGGAUCCUGAACAACCAUCUACCCCUGCGGGACUGAAUUCAGCAGCUAAAAAUCCUGAAAACCAUCAAUUUCCUGCCAAGCCAUUGAGAGAGUCCCAGAGUCACCUUCUUACUGAUUCUCAGUCUUGGACAGAGAGCGGCACAAACCCUGGAAAAUGCAAAGCCGGUAUGAGCAAUCCUGCAUUAAUCAUGGAGAAUGAGACUUAGCUCUUCAAGCAAAACAAAUUCAUACUUUAUAAAAGUAUCACUGCUGUUAGAUGGACGGAAGUGGCUUCCCUAGGAAGGUGCCAUUGGUCAGUUGUUCUAUAUUCCUUUGGCUGGAUGUGCAGAAUAUGAAUCAAUUAGUUCUCUCGAAGCUUUGCUUAAUAUGUAACACAUUUUUGGAUACAAAAUACAGAUUGUAACAACACAAAUCCCUAUUUAAUAUUAAAAGUAAUUCUAGUUAAUCAACAGGAAAAAUACCUUCUAUCAAAAACUUAGAAUAAAUUGAUGGGCCAGUUUUCACACAAAAUGUUUGAGUAGCACAGUUUAUCAUAUAAAAGCCCCAUUACUCAUCGAAUUCUGUCAGAAAAUUAAGACGAUUAAGAUACCUGAAAGAUUUCAAGUCACAUUAUAAUGAUAAGCUUUAUUCAUAAAAUGUGUGUUACCUUUAAGAAGGUGGAGGUAAAAAGUCAAUCUUAUUUCUUAUUCCUCUGGUGUGAAUCCAGCCUCAGACUGAGUGGCCUGCUCUAACUGUGAAUUCAUUACAGAAUCCAAGUGGCCUACAGUUGAAGAUCACCAUCCAUUUCUCUAGACUAAUCUAAUUCUAACCUUUGUUCCCUGCUAGAAGAUAAAUGUGAACAUUGAAGCUUGAGCUCACUGCUACAUCAACUGGCUAAAAAUAUUUUGUCAAAACUAACACAGUAUAUUUUUAUUCUAUUAGAAACAUACUGUCAUUUCUUCUAAUCUUAUUAUAUUGGGGGAAAUUCACAAUAACAAUUACAAAGAUUGUUUCAUGGUAUUCUUUGGCCUGUUUGACUUUUUAGGUUAUUUUUUCUAUUAAAUAUAGUAAAAAUAUUGAAUUUCUGUUCAGGAGAUUUCCCGAUAGGUCAAUAGAUGAAUCCUCCAGUGAUAUCUGUUAUUUGUGUCCUCAUCAAAACUAUGGAGUUAAACUAUAUUUUUCUUCAAAUACCUAUUAAGAUUAAAUUAUGCAAAUCAUUAAACAAAAAAUCAUGUGCUUUUGGAAAUUUAGUUCAAUAUGAACUAAAUGGCAUGCUGUUUGGAAAUGCAGUUUAAGGUGAACUGAAGUGGUGUGUCUGUUGAUGCCAAAAUGUUCAGCUUCAGUAUUUAAACUAAGAAGCUCUUGUGCCUUGUACGCACUAUUUAAAAAAAAAAAGUUUUUAUUUAUUUUUAUUUGAAUGGAAUAUACAUUUUGUAAAAGUUGACAAUUAGAAUUAGCUGUAUACUUUUUUGGUACUGAUUUUUCAAGUAGAUUACCUUUUAAAACUAUACAGCUCAGUAAUUGGUAUUUAAUCAAAGAGAAAAUGGGAGUACAUUUUUCAAAAUCUUUGUUAGACAAAAAUUUCAACACAAAACAAACUAGAAGACCAGAGGUUAAUGGAGUCAAAGAUCCUUGCAAUUCCUCAUCCUUGCUAAGACUAUAAAUGGUUUUGUAUUAAAUGUGCUUGUGGAUGAACCAACUUCAGCCACAUCGUUUUAUGGUUCAGUUCAAGUGCAAUUCUUUGAACACAGGGUGGCAGUCUCUUUCAGAUUUUUUUUUAAAGUGUUUGAGCUGACAAUCUAUUUCAAGAAAUCUCAGAUGAUACAUUUUUACUUUUAACUUAAAGCAAUUUUUGGUCAUUUUUUAUUACCAGAAGUUCCAGACUAGAACUUAUAUUUAUUGCUAAAAGUUUUAAGAGUAACAGCAGCACACAAUGUAUUAAGAAUUUUAUGCAGCCAGAUUUUUUUUUUAAAGCACAUUACUAUAGCUGUUUUCCUGGGCAGAAUUCUGUUAAGUAUUCCCUCUUGUCAAACUGAAAGCUAGAAAAUAAAGAUGGAAUGUUUAUUCUUUAUUCUGCUACAAUACUGUUAAUU